AUGAGCCACUUCACGUCACCGUUUGGUAGUGGUCUACCGUCGGAAACACGACGAUCUCGGGAUCAAUACCAAGAGCAACAACCACAACAAUCACAGCAACAACGGCUCUGGGAGAGCUUUCACUCAUCGCCGUUGUUUCAGUCUCCGCGCGGGAACUAUACACCUGUGCAGCUGAGCACUCGACUACGGAACUUGCAAUCGAGCCCAGCAACCAUACGCGACUUUGUUGGCCUCCUAGACGAGGAGGAUAUGCGGAAUGAGUUUGGCGUUCUCGGUUCGUGCAUACACACACCAGUCGAUGGCAGCCAGAAAGCUUCGGCACCACUCCUCAGCGAAAUCGACAACAUCUCCAUUCAAGAAGCACUCAUUAUCAAGGAUUUGACCUUUGUCUUGCUUGGAUUGAAAGGAAACUAUAUACACUACAGUCGGAGCUACGACCCGCUUUCCGUUUCCUCGAGGAUACGGGGCCCCGAUUUCAAGUUUGCCAAAAAUUUGGAUAUAGCCUUGAAGAACCUUGCUAGGAAAAUGAGCCACAUUGGUAAACAGUACAGCGGGUUGAAAGCCUUUGUUCAAGUUUACGACAAUGAGACCCACGGGAAAACGGUCCAGGCGCUUUGUCAAGCGAUAACCGAGUUUCUCGAUUACUACGACACGGUGCUUUUACAGAUUGAAAACGAGUUUGAGUUCAACACAACUUUCAGCAUGAACUCUUUAGAGCAGAUUCUUUUGGAAAAAGUGUCGAUCAAAAUUGAACAUCUCUACCUUAUUGCAUUGAGCAUUUACCGAGCCGAUGAAGAGCGAGCGACAGCUGUGUUCUCGGAAGAAGAUAUGCUAAAGACGCAAACAGCUACAGCAACAGCUACAGCUACCGCUACAGCCACAGCCACAGCCACCACCACUGCAAGUGCCACCAACAAGGCCUCGCAUUUGUACACGGAGAAAUCCAAGCUAUGCAAAGGUGGCCUUGUUCUCAAGAUUAUACAAGAACGAAUGCGGGUUUUCAAAGGAGACAUGAAAUCGACAGAGUAUUUAUCACAGGUGUUUGACGCGGCAAGCGUGCAUUACGUUGACAUGCUCAACCAGUGGCUAAUAGAUGGCUUCGUCGACGACCCGUUUGAUGAGUUUAUGAUUCGCAUUUCAAAAUUGUCCGGGAGAUUACAAGGCCAGUUUCAAACGAAAAGCGAGUUUUACUGGAGAGAGCUAUUUUGGAUCAAGGAAGAUGGGCUAUUGGAGCAAUUUACAAGUCUGAAGAUCCAACUAGAGAUACUCAACACAGGGAAAUAUUUGAGCAUUUUCAAAAUGUGCACCGGAUUCCAGAAUUUUGAGUUUUUGAAUGAAAGUUUGCAACGUAUCGACAGCCUCAAUGCUCCGGAUUUGGAGCUAAAGAUUGAUCUAUUUUACCGCAGGGCUAACAAACUAUUGAUCAAGUUGCUUUUAGACGGUUACAACUUGCAAAGCUUGCUCGCUAGUUACCAAAGACUCUUUUUGCUCAACAAUUCGUUCAAUAUUGAUGUUUUUCUACAGAGAGCGUACCCGGAGUUGAAACGGAGCAAGUACCGAAUAUCCAAAUCCAGCAUCCAGCGCGAAUACAAUGAAAUUUUUAAAUCAGAGACCGAGGUGGACGUGGGUUCCAAAACUCGAAUUUGCGAGUUGGUCAAUAGAAGUCAAUGUUUCCGAAUAUCUGCAGAAAAUUUCUACGAGAUGAUUGAGGAACUUAUGGGCGACGACGAGUUUUCCUCCUCGGCCAUGCUCGAGAAAAGGAGAGGGGAUUUUAGUGGUGUUGGUGUUGGGGGUGGUGGUGUACGUAAUCACACCGACACUACAGGUUCGACGCCGCAUUCAGGGCAAGACAAAACCGAGGACUAUACUUUUCUAAGCGUUGAUCUAAGUUUAUCCUUGCCCUUCCCUUUGAAUCUCGCCGUUGUAAAGCAAACGUCAUAUCAAUACGAGCUCAUGUUCAAGUUCCUAUUUAUGCUCAAAUUUGUGGCAAAGCAGAGCGACUUGAGCUGGCAGGAGCUCAAUUGUUCGAAAGUCUGGACAGACGCGACGCAUACUGUCGAAGCACGGAAAUGGAUUCUUCGAUGCCGAAUAUUGCAAUCACGGAUAAGGGCGUUUGUAGGUGAAGUUCAAAGCUAUGUCAUGCACGACGUCACCGAGGAAAACUAUCAAGCUUUGCAAAAGCUGAUUACCCAGCUCAAGGAAAAGAUGAACAGCGAGGAUCUCGGAUCCAAUGUCGAGGACCCGAACCAGGCUUUUUUCAACUUGCCGCUGCAAUGGAGCAGCAGCAACAAGAAUAACGCGAUUUUCGAUUCUCAGAUCGGCAAGAGGAACGACGACAAGAAUGUGGUUGAAGAGCACACCGUGACGAAACUAGUGCGUGACAUCCAGGGUUUCACAACAACUCUAUUGAACGAUUCGCUCCACACGCGAUUUGAAACGAUCCAAUGUCUCCGUGAUAUCUUUGACUUUAUCAGCAAGUUCCAGAACUACACCGUGCACAUGAAGCGGUACUUGGUGUUGAUAAACCGCGAUCUACAGCGCGAUUUCGCGGUGGAGCUACCGGAGCGGUUCAACAAGGAGAUGGAUGACGAGCUGGUGCAAAAGAGGUUCGAUUACAUGACUGAAAGUUUCCUCAGCAGAUACCAACGCUUUGGUGAACUAUUGGGGAAAUUCUUAAUGACGAUCAAGGUGGUGGGCGAGAAGGAGAAUCGAAAGUUACUUGACCUUAGCCAGAGACUAGAAGCAUGUUUCCCAGAAUGA